UCGGAAGAUAGACACGGUUCAGUCAGUGUGUGGGUGCCAGACUGUCAGUGCGCAUCAUGUGGUUGUUCGGAGUGGUGCUGUUCGUGUUGGCGGUGACGAGCUCUCUCCUUUCACCAGCGGAGGCAAAACCGUUCACAGGAUGCGAAACAGCGGCGUAUCCUCCUAAUAAGACAGACGAGGUGUCCCUCUACUUGGUGAACCUGGACCUGCCGCCUCGGGAUCGCUGGACAACCCUCAUGAAGGACAAGAGACCCCAGAUCGUGGCGCUGAUCGAUGACAUGAGUGAACUAGUCAAGAAAGUAGCCGGAGAGAAGAUCUUCAACUUCCUCCUCAGUAGUCUUACAGCGGUGACUGACAGUCUGCCACAACCGUACAAGGAGGAGAUCGAGGGGAUCGCCUCCACUACGGGACUGCCUGUCAGCACUGUGACUCUCUACAACAUAUUUUACGAGGCCUUCACUCUGUGUACUUCAUUGGUGAUCCAAGACCAGUCCGGCCAUCUUUAUCACGCCAGGAAUUUGGACACUGGAGUGUUUUUAGGAUGGGACGCACGGAACCACUCCUGGACGGUUGCAGAGUUGCUGAAGCCGAUGGCGGUGCGGCUCCGCUGGACGAAGAACAACGCCACGGUCUUUGAGUCGCUUAGCUUCUCCGGUUACGUGGGUGUACUGACUGCCGUCAAGAAGGACGCCUUCACUUUUUCCCUGAACAAAAGAGACGCCCUCAACGGAGGCCUCCUCGGCUUGCUGGAGUGGCUGCUGUUCCACGAUCAUGAGCAGCGCUGGGUGUCAUUUCUCACGAGAGAGGUCAUGGAGAAGGCCACCAGCUACACGGAGGCCUGGCAGGCCCUUUCCACGCCCCGCCUGCUAGCGCCUGUCUACUUUAUCCUGGGAGGCACCCAGCCCGGCGAGGGAUGCAUUAUCACGAGGGCUCGAGACAACUUUGACUUGACAACACUGGGAGAGUCUGGCGAGUGGUUCUUGGUACAAACAAAUUACGAUCACUGGAGGAGUCCCCCAUUCUACGACGACCGCAGGACACCCGCCAGGCACUGCCUCUCAGCCGGGGGCGUGCAACAGGCCUCCCCCGCCCUGCUGUACAACGUGCUCUCCACCCGCCCCGUGCUGAACAAGGGAACUGUUUACACGGCACUCAUGGACGUGCGGUCCGGGGAGGUGCACGCGUGGCGGCGUGCGUGUCCCGACCCCUGCUGGCCCUGGUGACCCGUGACCCGUGACCCCCAGCCCAUCCUGCGGCGCCAACACUAACCUUACACCGGACCAAAGACUCUGUUUACUUUUUACACACAUUAACUUAAGUCUUAAGCUAUGGCUUUGUGACUAUGCAAUGUAUGUGAAUGAACCUCAGUAAGGUAAUUUAUUAAAACAGAAUGCCUAAUAUAUAUGCCAAAUAAUGAAGUUAAGUUGAUUGUGUAAUCAAAAUGAAAUAGAAUAUAUCACUCAUGAAUAAAAUUUCCUAAAAAAAUAUUGACGUUAUCUUCAAACACACGACAAGCACCAUCUUAUCGAGAAAAUCAACCAAGAAAGAGCUCACUUUAUAAGAUGACUGUGUUAUAUCAGCAGCAGCAGCGGUAAUAAGAGCUGUUGCAUUUAUAGCAACAGCAUAUGUAAUAGCUUCUUUAGUAGUAUUAUCACCAGGACCGUCGCUCGUUUUCAAAAUGUUCGUGCUUAGUAACAUAAGAAUAUUGCAGUUUGCCACACAAAGUCUCCAACAGUUCGCUGGAACCUACACAAGUUCAACACUAAAUUCAACAACAUAAAUUCAAGGGAAAUCUUCUGACAUAUUUAGCACCAGUAGACUGAUCGGGAGGAAGUGUUUCAUAGAUUUCCACCAGAAUACCCCAAACUUCCUACACCCUACGAUACGAAAGGCAUGUUACGGGCGGAGAAUAACCUAUGCAGUGACGCAGAAAAGUCUACGGACAGAGUGUGUGUGUGUGUGUGUGUGUGUGUGUGUGUGUGUUUGCUUCCUCUCUGUAUCCCCUUUUCUCAUUUUACUACCUGACGUAAUUUCAUAGUUCCCCAUAAAAUCCUCGCGACUCACCGAUCUCCUUCAGAUAAGAUGCAGUGGCAGACUUAACAAUUCCAGGCGGCUCGAAUAUACAACAAGACUAUCGAAUACCACACGCACACCUAAGUAAUUACGUUAUUCAUUUAUUGAUCUUGAUUGUAUAGUGUUGCUAAGGGGUGCAUCUCUUUCCCCAAUACACACACACACUAACAUACACACUGCAUGGAGCCUCCCUCGAGAU